UCCAGUUGUUUACCUAUUGAUUAUGUGUCUCCCAUAUACAUUAGAUCAUACCUCAGGAGAAUGACACACACUCCAGCCUGACAUAUAAGUACAUCAUCCAUGAAGACUCCGUACCGACAAUCAACAGCAACAACGUCAUCCAGGAGGAGCUGGACACUUUCGAGUGGGCGUUGAAGAGCUGGUCUCAGUGCUCCAAACCCUGUGGUGGAGGUUUCCAGUAUACAAAGUAUGGAUGCCGGAGGAAAAGUGACAAUAAAAUGGUUCAUCGCAGCUUCUGUGAGGUCAAUAAAAAGCCAAAACCCAUCAGACGCAUGUGUAACAUUCAGGAGUGCACACACCCACUCUGGGCAGCAGAAGAAUGGGAACACUGCAGCAAAAGCUGUGGCAGCUCUGGGUACCAGCUCCGCACUGUGCGUUGCCUCCAGCCGCUCCAUGAUGGCACCAACCGCUCUGUGCACAGCAAGUACUGCCUGGGGGAGCGUCCUGAGAGCCGCCGGCCAUGCAACAGAAUGCCCUGCCCAGCCCAGUGGAAAACAGGGCCCUGGAAUGAGUGUUCCGUGACCUGUGGUGAAGGAACAGAGGUGAGGCAGGUUCUCUGUAGGACUGGAGACCACUGUGAUGGCGAAAAGCCGGAGUCUAUCAGAGCCUGCCAGCUGCCUCCCUGUAAUGAUGAGCCAUGUUUGGGCGACAAGUCCAUAUUCUGUCAAAUGGAGGUACUAGCACGAUACUGCUCCAUACCUGGGUAUAACAAAUUAUGUUGUGAGUCAUGUAGCAAGCGCAGUGGUACCCUGCCACCACCAUACCUCCAAGAAGUUGCUGAAAUCCAUAGUGAUGCUAUCUUUGGCCCUAGUGACCUCCCCGGGUCCCUAGUGAUGCCUACGCCUUUUCACCCAUACUACUCAGGGACCCGCGCUGAGAAGAAAUCCUCGAGUAGCAUCUCAUCCAUAGCAAGUCCAAAUGCAUAUGCUGCUUUCCGAGCCAGCAGCAGGCCUGGUGCUAACUUCCCCCGGAAGAAAGCACAACAGGCUGGAAGAACGACGCUGGUGUCAAUGCCAUCCUCCUCAGCCGUAAAGACUGAUCACCUGCAUUCUGCCUCAACUGUGGCUGCUGCCCCCUCCCCUGUUAUCAGUGAUGCAAUUGGUGCUCCUCCUCAGACAAGAACCCCAAAGAAAGAUAGAAAGAGUAUUAGCAGGAGACAUCCCAUCAGUUCAACCACCUCAGAGAGAUGAGAACGUGGACCAACAGAGCUAGAAAUCAAAGGGAACCCUGGACAGCCGCCCUCCCUGCAUGGUGCAUACAGCUUGUUAAAAAGCAGUACUCUCAACACAAGGUUUACUCAUGUGCUCUGGAAACGGAAAGACAGGAAGUGCUGGUUCACUCCAUCCUCCUCCUGUUCUGCAUCAGCGUGUUUAACAGAACCCAUUGGAAGAAAGCGCCAAAGACUGUUUUCAGAAGGAAGGAGCCCAGCUGCAGCAUCCCCUUCCUAGAAUCCCAGCAUUUGGGGAUCUUAGGCAAGAGAAUAGCUGACAGCUCUGGGCCAGCCUGAAACACCUCUCUCAAAAACAAACAAACAAAAAGAAAUGGAACGUGGUUAAAAGUGUUGGUUGCUCUCUAAGGAAGGAAAGAGACUAGAGCCAAUUGUGCAUAU